AGCCCUCGGUCGGCUAUGUGAACGGACAAAUAAAAAAGUUAUGGCUCUGGGAAGGCAGGGACUAUAACAUCUCAAGUUUUCUCUCAGAGGACUGUUUGCCCACAUCAAAGAUGGCGGCCUCAAAACAAAAAAAACCCAGUUGUUGCUGCUGUUGACUGAGUAACCAUAACCGCCGUCCUGGCUCCGCCCCUUGGGUUUAACCGCCCUUUUUUCCCUUUCGGAUGACAUCAGUGAGUGCGGCUUGAGGCCCCGCCUUCUACAGAGGACGCCGCGAAUGGCGCUUCUAGCCCCGCCCCCUGACGUCGUCGCCCCGCCCCCGCCUUUCUCCCUCAGUUCAUGUCGCGUACAGUCUAGAGACGGCGGCGGCGGCGGAGUACACGAAGCUCGAUGGAGACCUAGCUGAGGGGAGUUCGCCCGCCAUUACUGCUUCGUCGGGAACUUUCUCUCUUUUAUCCGCUCCCUUCUGUGUGACUGACUGGUGGAAUCAAGAUGUACGCCGGAGCCGGCCCUGUGCUGGCAUCUCCACCUCCUGCACCACCUCUCCCAAUGCCAGCAUACACCUUCAAGCCGCCGCCAAGGCCAGAUUUUGGCACCUCAGGAAGGACCAUCAAGCUGCAGGCAAACUUUUUUGAAAUGGACAUUCCCAAAAUAGAGAUUUACCAUUAUGAAAUAGAUAUCAAGCCAGAAAAGUGUCCCAGAAGAGUUAACAGGGAAAUAGUAGAACACAUGGUAUUGCAUUUUAAGGGUCAAAUCUUCGGAGAUCGGAAGCCUGUGUUUGAUGGGAGGAAAAACCUUUACACUGCAAUACCCCUUCCUAUUGCCAGGGACAAACAGGUGGAGUUGGAAGUUACACUGCCAGGGGAAGGAAAGGACCGCAUCUUCAAGGUAGCAAUCAAAUGGAUGGCGUGUGUGAGCUUACAAGCGUUACACGACGCAUUGACCGGACGUCUUCCCAGCGUUCCUUUUGAGACUAUCCAGGCAUUAGACGUAGUGAUGAGACAUUUGCCCUCUAUGAGGUACACGCCUGUGGGCCGUUCGUUCUUUACUGCAUCCGAAGGAUGUGCAAAUCCUCUUGGUGGGGGUAGAGAAGUUUGGUUUGGCUUCCAUCAAUCUGUUAGACCUUCCCUCUGGAAAAUGAUGCUCAACAUAGAUGUAUCUGCUACAGCGUUUUACAAAGCACAGCCAGUAAUAGAGUUUAUGUGCGAAGUUCUGGAUUUCAAGAGCAUAGAGGAGCAACAGAAACCUCUGACUGAUUCCCAAAGGGUCAAGUUUACCAAAGAAAUAAAAGGCUUAAAAGUUGAAAUUACUCACUGUGGGCAAAUGAAAAGAAAAUAUAGAGUAUGCAAUGUGACAAGACGGCCAGCAAGUCAUCAGACAUUCCCUCUCCAGCAAGAGAGCGGGCAGACGGUGGAGUGCACAGUCGCACAAUACUUCAAGGAUAGACACAAACUAGUAUUACGCUACCCCCAUCUUCCAUGUUUACAGGUCGGGCAGGAGCAGAAACAUACGUACCUCCCUCUAGAGGUAUGCAACAUAGUGGCGGGACAAAGGUGCAUUAAAAAACUGACUGACAAUCAAACCUCCACUAUGAUUCGAGCAACAGCCCGAUCUGCUCCAGAUCGCCAAGAAGAGAUCAGUAAAUUGAUGCGUAGUGCAAGCUUCAAUACUGAUCCCUUUGUCCGUGAGUUUGGGAUUAUGGUGAAAGACGACAUGACCGAUGUCACCGGCAGAGUCCUUCAACCUCCUUCAAUCCUUUACGGAGGCAGGGUAUGGGAAGAGCCAAAUGCUCCCUUGAAUAAGGCUAUUGCUACCCCUGUGCAAGGUGUAUGGGACAUGAGGAACAAGCAGUUUCACACCGGGAUUGAAAUAAAAGUGUGGGCCAUUGCUUGCUUUGCUCCUCAGCGGCAGUGCACAGAGCUCCAUCUGAAGACUUUCACUGAACAAUUGCGGAAAAUCUCCCGUGAUGCUGGUAUGCCCAUCCAGGGGCAGCCGUGUUUCUGCAAAUAUGCCCAAGGAGCAGAUAGCGUGGAACCGAUGUUUAGACAUCUGAAGAACACGUACACGGGUCUACAACUGAUUGUUGUAAUCCUUCCUGGGAAGACGCCUGUGUAUGCUGAGGUGAAGCGCGUGGGAGACACUGUGUUGGGAAUGGCAACGCAGUGUGUGCAGAUGAAGAAUGUGCAGAGAACCACGCCACAGACUCUGUCAAACCUCUGCCUGAAGAUCAACGUCAAAUUAGGAGGAGUCAAUAACAUCCUGUUACCCCAGGGCAGACCUCCAGUGUUUCAGCAGCCUGUCAUAUUCCUUGGAGCAGAUGUCACUCAUCCUCCUGCAGGGGAUGGAAAGAAGCCUUCCAUUGCUGCGGUUGUCGGUAGCAUGGAUGCCCAUCCGAACCGAUACUGUGCCACCGUAAGAGUGCAGCAGCACCGACAGGAGAUUAUCCAGGACCUGGCCGCCAUGGUCCGAGAGCUGCUCAUCCAGUUCUACAAGUCUACUCGCUUUAAGCCCACAAGGAUCAUUUUCUAUAGGGAUGGUGUUUCUGAGGGGCAGUUUCAGCAGGUAUUACACCACGAGCUGCUUGCCAUACGAGAAGCCUGCAUUAAAUUGGAGAAGGAUUAUCAGCCUGGAAUUACCUUCAUUGUUGUACAGAAAAGGCAUCAUACAAGGCUCUUCUGUACAGAUAGGAACGAACGGGUUGGAAAAAGCGGAAAUAUACCUGCUGGUACCACAGUGGACACAAAGAUCACACACCCAUCAGAGUUUGAUUUUUAUCUGUGUAGUCACGCUGGUAUACAGGGAACGAGCCGACCCUCUCACUAUCACGUUCUCUGGGACGAUAACAGAUUCUCCUCUGAUGAACUGCAAAUCCUCACUUACCAGCUGUGCCAUACUUACGUCCGCUGCACUCGAUCCGUCUCUAUCCCCGCUCCUGCAUACUACGCACACUUAGUGGCUUUCAGAGCCAGAUAUCACCUGGUGGAUAAAGAGCACGACAGCGCCGAAGGCAGCCACACUUCAGGUCAGAGCAACGGCAGAGACCAUCAAGCACUUGCUAAGGCAGUUCAAGUUCACCAGGACACACUGCGUACCAUGUACUUUGCUUAACUGGUGCUGGAAGCAGGCACUACCCGAAGGAGCAUUCACGCCAGACCAGCUGCACUUACCUGUAAUGUAGUCUCCUCUACAGUGACAUCCAGCAAAAGUGCAAUCUACCCGCAGCCCCGUCAGUCUCACAAGGCCCUCAGCGUCCAACCAGCCUUCCGUCCAGACACCGAAUAUUCUUUCAUUUCGAACGCCACCACCUGCAUUGAAUCCUGUGAGGUUUGUGAAAUACACACAAAUAUAUAGAAGAGUUUACAAAAAUUACCCUUUUAAACGAAAAAGGUUCAACUUAACCGUUCUCUCAGGGCUCACAAAAAGAAACAAAAAACCACAAAACUCUAUGAAAUGCUUUUCUCUGUGGAAAUGUCACGUUGGGUGAUCAGAUAAAUGAUACAGCCUAGGGAAAUAGAGGAAGAAAAGGAUCUUGACGUUCUUAAAGCCUUAAAUUUAUUACGUGAAAACUAGUUUUUUGUUUUCCUUCUUCCUCUAAGAUUUGUGUCAAAUAUUGUAAUUUAUAAAGUCACUAGUUACUCUGGCGGUCAGGUCUGACUACAGGAUGAAUAUUCUAGUAUUCACUAGGGUUUCUUUUUAUAACUGUGUGCCAUUCAGAAUCUCUGAGACGUAGUUUUUAAUUAUUAUUGCAUUUGUCUGGCUGCGCUCGUACUUUCUUCUUUUCUGAGGUUGCUGACUAAUACGGGUCUGUUGCAAUGUGGACAGUACAAUCAUGUUAAGCUAAUGUACAGAAAAAAAAUAAUUCUAUUUUAGCAGUAUUAAUGUGAGAUGCCGUGCUAUUUAUUUUAUUUACACAGAUCACCCUAUUUCUAUUAACCUAUGUUAUGUACUCUGGCUUUAAGUGGUGUCCUGUUUUUUAACCCUUGCACUGACAACGCGACCUGUAGAGCCUGUACAGGACCACCGGCAGUGAAUGGAUUUUAAAAAUAUAAUAAAACAAAAAAAAAACCUUAUCUUAUGGAACUGCUUCACUGCCAGAGGGCUCGUCAUACAUUGCAAUGCAAUAAGAAGCAAUGUCUCUCCGAUCCCUCUGGUUGCAAACAGGGUUAUUUGUGAGGAGCAAAGAAAACGGGGAAGAAAAUAAACUUUUUUUUUUUUUAAACUCUAAAAAAAAAAAAUCUUUUUAUGCAAAAAAAUUUUCUUGUUAGGCUGCAGCUUUUAAAUGCAGCAAAUGUUUGACACUUUUAACCACAAAUACUGACACUCGUCUCUUUAUACUCUAGUCUUCGAGGCGCCCGCACUGUGUUUUACAAUGCUUUCUAAUGCUGUCAGGCCUCAAAGACGUUCAUAUGCAACCUGUUUUAUUUUCUGUCUUUUAUUUUUUUCUCCCCUUCUUCUAAUAUUACAUGUAUAUUUAUCUUUUCCUGCUCCUCCUAUGCUUUAAGGAAUAUGCAAUUCUGUAAUGAGAUUAAAUACAAAGACUCGAUUUUUAAGCAAUAUCAUGACCAUUUUUUGUACAGUGCAGUAGUCUGGGUCUGCUACAUGAAACCAUGGGCAUGCGAUUUUCUUAUGUAUUGAGCCUUAACACUCGAAAUGUCAAUAUAGGAAAGCGGUUUCCGGCCUGCGGCUCUCCGGCUAGUGCAAAACCACAACUCCCAGCAGGUCACCGCCUGUUAGAGCAUGAUGGCAAUUGUAGUUUUGCUACCGCUGGAAAGCCACAUGGAAUGGAGACUAUGUCUCCCAUAGUAAAACGUGGAGGAAGACUGCAGGUUUUGCUUGUCAAUUAGUAGAUGUGGUCUUCAUUAGUGUGUGUCAAGGCCUGGAUGUAAUUAAUACCUAGGAAGUUUUUAAGGGGAGGAGGGGGGGUAUGAAUAUGUUGAUUUUAUAGAACAUUUCCUCCUCAAAGGGAUGCGAUUUCACCUUUGAUGCUUUAGGUGCUGAUAUUGUGGACCGUCAAGAAUUCAUGGAAAACUAUCAUGAAAAUGUUGGUCAUUGCUUUGAUAUUUCCUUACAUUAAACAUUUAGCGCUCCUCCACUUCUUUCUGUAUGUUCAUUAAUGACUUUAUAGGUUAAUGACGUGUGGCCCUGUUUCCUUGAUUCAGAACAUGUUGGUAAGGAAAUAGUCUAUGCACAGGGGGUUUGUCGUCGUGUAAGGACACGUCCGGCUAUCAAUGCCCACUUAAGAAAAGUAGAAAUAUAUAUGUUGAUUAGGGAUGAGUGAAUCGACUUUAGAUGAAACAUCCGAAGUCGAUUCGCAUAAAACUGUUAGAAUACUGUAUGGAGCGAGCGCUCUGUACAGUAUUAGAAUGUAUUGGCUCCUAUGAGCAGAAGUCAUUACUUCGUGAAGUCUCGCGGGACUUAAGGAAUUUCUACUGUUAAAA